AAGCAGCCUGUUUAAAAAUACUGACUGUCAUACACAGAGUGUUCAUUCACUGACAACACUGAUGCAGACAUGACUUUUUCAUAUAUCCCUCAACUAAUAUGCCUACUCACUGGACUCAUUGAAAUUCACAGUGAAAUUAUUACAGUGAGUAAAGUGUCGGUCGAGGCUGGACGCUCCAUCUCUAUCCCCUGUCUCUAUGAUCCACACUACACAAACCAUGUGAAAUAUCUGUGUAAAGGAUAUUAUUGGAUCUCCUGCAAACCUGUAGUAACAACAGACCAACGAAGUUCAGGAAGGUUUUCAAUCUCUGAUGACAAAAACAGAAGAAUCUUCACCGUGACUAUAAAUGAUCUGACGAGUGGGGACACUGGCUGGUGGUGGUGUGCUGUGGAGAUCGGCGGGCAUGACAUAAUAGACGAGAGAGCAUAUUUUUAUCUGUCAGUCACUAAAGAUGUGCCAAGUCUGUCUGUGGACCAACAGGAAAUUGUUGCAUUUGAAGGAGGAAGUGUGACUGUUAUAUGCCGCUAUAAAAAUGACAGAGUAACAGCAUGGUGCAGGCUGAACAACACCUGUGUGACUGCGAAAGAUCAGACUGGAACAAUAGAUGGUACAACAGUGACUAUCAAUCAAAGUAGAUUGAAAACCUUCCUGAACUUCGUGGUUGUCUGUUACUACAGAACGGACCACUGA